CCUGCAACAAUGCUGCCACUCAGCCUGACCGUUAGCCUGGUCUUCCUUGGCUCCUCCUGGCGCUGCGGCGUUCCUGCCAUCAAACCGGCACUGAGCUUCAGCCAGAGGAUUGUCAACGGGGAGAACGCAGUGCUGGGCUCCUGGCCCUGGCAGGUGUCCCUGCAGGACCCCAGCGGCUUCCACUUCUGCGGUGGUUCUCUCAUCAGCCAGUCCUGGGUGGUCACUGCUGCCCACUGCAAUGUCAGCCCUGGCCGCCACUUUGUCGUCCUGGGCGAGUACGGCCGAUCCUCCAGUGCUGAACUGCAGGUUCUGUCCAUCUCGAAGGCCAUCACGCACCCCAGCUGGAACCCCGCCACUAUAAACAAUGACCUGACGCUACUGAAGCUCGCCUCGCCAGCCAAGUACACAACACGCAUCUCACCAGUUUGCCUGGCGUCCUCAAAUGAGGUGCUGACAGCAGGCUUCACAUGUGUCACCAGCGGCUGGGGCCGCCUCAGUGGCGUGGGCAAUGCAACACCGGCACGUCUGCAGCAGGUGGCUCUGCCCCUGGUCACCAUGAAUCUCUGCCAGCAGUAUUGGGGCUCCGUGUCAGACUCCAUGAUCUGUGCAAGUGGCUCAGGCGCCUCCUCGUGCCAGGGUGACUCCGGAGGCCCUCUUGUCUGCCAGAAGGAAAACACGUGGGUGCUUAUUGGACUUGUGUCCUGGGGCAGCAACAACUGCAACGUGCGUGCACCGGCCAUGUACACUCGGGUUAGCAAGUUCAGCACCUGGAUCGACAAGGUCGUAGCCUACAACUGAGCCCACCACAGGCCCCCCUUCCCCUCCCCAUCUGAUAAAGACCCCAUCCUUGUC